UGCUGAAAGUCUGAAUUUGCAUUUGUGAGAACUGGAUGGUUUUUUUUUUCCCUGGGAGCUGUUCUUUUCUCACUGUUCAUGCACUGCAGCCUCAAUUUUCCAAGCUGAUUUUCCUGUUAGCCUGUGGCAGGUAUUUGGUCUCAGACCUGCUGCAUAGGUGACUAUAAGCGUAAGUUGUACUGGUUCCCACGAAAACGUUGGGUUUGCUCUUUCUUUCUGUGAGAAACGAAAUAGCCCAGAGUAAUUCAGCAGAAGGUCUAUGUUUUGUGUUUUGAAAUGUGACAUGGGGAAGCAGCAUGGUCAGUAGCAUAAUGCAGCAGGUCUGGGUUUGAUUUGUGUGGCAUUGGGAAAGUUUGAGCCUGGCAAUUGGUCCUUCCUCCCUGCCACCCCCAGGUGUGGUUGUUGGCCUGGGUGGAGGUACCUGUGUCCAACAGCUGAGAUAAAGUGUGGCCCUGUGCCUGCAGCUGAGUGCUCCCUGCUGCAAUAUUCCCUGUGCUCUGUUGUAGUUAAUGCAGCAGUAUGAAAUGGCCAGACAGCAUGGAAAUAGGCAGUUUCUGUGAUCUAAACCAUAGCGUGUUUAUCAGGCAGUGGAUAAUUCUCUGGAGUGACUGAUAGGGAGUAGACCCUGUAAUCUUGACAUUUCGUAUCAGGAAAGGAGCUUUAAGAUGUAUGUUUCCUUUUGAAUCUUGAAGAACUGGCUAAUUCCCAUAGGUUAGAGUUAUAAAACUCAUUGCUAAUCUUGCUUGUGACAGCUCCUAAUUCACUUCUUGUUCUUGCCCUCAAAACCUUUCAUUUGCUCGUCUGCCCCUAAACGCCUGGGUCCGCUCCCGGCACCAUUGGCAGGACAGGCAGGGCUGGCAUUAAUCAGGGUGCGGCAGGUAUGGCACUUUCUUGAGAGAUAGGAGGAGAACCAGCUGUGAGAACUUCAGAGGUGGUGUUCCUGGUGUCUGCCUGCCAUGUCCUGAUGCGAGCAGAAGGCCACUGGUGCAGAGAGGAGAAGCACACCCUGGGAAGCUUGCUGGCAGCGGCACGGUCGCAGGCAUGAGCAAUAUCCCAGGAGGACUGUCAUGGGGAGUCGAGAAGACAGGUGUGAGAAGACCUUUCUCCUCUCUGGUUCCUAAAAAUUAGCACUAUGACUGAUGGAGACUAUGAUUAUCUGAUCAAGCUCCUGGCCCUUGGAGACUCUGGGGUUGGAAAAACAACGUUCCUGUACAGAUACACCGAUAACAAAUUUAAUCCGAAAUUCAUCACGACAGUAGGGAUAGAUUUUCGGGAAAAACGAGUGGUAUACAACAGCAGAGGACCAAAUGGAUCUCCAGGAAAAGCCUUCAAAGUCCAUCUCCAGCUUUGGGACACAGCUGGACAGGAAAGAUUUCGAAGUCUCACCACAGCGUUUUUCAGAGAUGCUAUGGGCUUCUUACUAAUGUUUGAUCUCACCAGUCAACAGAGCUUCUUAAAUGUCAGAAAUUGGAUGAGUCAGCUGCAAGCCAAUGCAUAUUGCGAGAAUCCAGAUAUAGUCUUAAUUGGUAAUAAAGCUGAUUUAUCAGACCAAAGGGAGGUAAAUGAAAGGCAAGCAAAAGAUCUGGCAGACAAAUAUGGCAUACCGUACUUCGAAACAAGUGCUGCUACCGGACAGAACGUGGAGAAGGCUGUGGACAUGCUUCUGGACUUGAUAAUGAAGCGUAUGGAGCAGUGCGUGGACAAGACACAGGUCUCCGACACAGCCAAUGGAGGCAGCUCGGGAAAGCUAGAUUCGGCAAAACCGGAGGAGAAAAAGUGUGCCUGCUAAACAUCACCUCUAAACUGUGAGAACCAAUGAAAAUAUUUCAUCAGAAUAUGGCUGACCUACCACCAAAUUCAAACCAGCUCUCUUGAGCCAUGCACAGAAGCAAAGUUAUAUUGUUUUAUUGGAUUGUGCAUUUUUCUCCAAAGAACUGGUUUAAAACGAAAAGCUGUGUUUCAGUGAGGGUCUUGUGCUGAAAUGAUUCUUCCUGAUACAGUGCCAUCUUCAUGGAAAACUCUCCCACCUCUUUUCCCCACUCCUUUUCCCCUAGCCCUCAUCUUUAUUUUUUUGUGUGAUCAGGAUACUGAAUAGAGGAAAGUAGCUUUAUUUUUUUAAAAAAAAAAAAAGAGGGAAAGAACCUAUUAUCUGCAUACACUGGAUAUUGAAAUUAAAAUGGAGGUGGGUGGUUUUCUAGGUCUGUGCCAUUUUUCCACCGAAUCCUGUUUCUUUAUAAUUCUUAAUCUACAUCAGGGACCAUGUGUUUUCUAAGGCAGAGAUACAAAAGAUUUUAUGUGGCCUAUUAAGAAAAACUUUAUCACUUGCACAGAGUAAGCAACGCUGUGAAUCCGUCCUGACUGAAUCACUGAGAUGGUGGUGGGGGGGGGGGGGGAUUGUGUGUGUGUAUUUUGGGUUUGGGGGGAGGAAGUAGGGCAUUGAAUUUGAAAAAAAAAUUAUCAGGGAAUUGUGCAGCAUUGCUUGUGUUGCCAAUAAUCCAAGCAGGGAUUGGAGCGUUAUGAGAAAAAGUAUGGAGAGGGAUUCUGGUGCUGCAGGGACAGUUUAUAAAGAAAAGAGUAUAAUGUAUGGGAGCAGAGAUAAACUAUAUUUUAUGAAACAACUUCUUACCAUUAGCAAAAAAUAUUCUCCCCUCUUCAACUUAAGGAAACUAUCCAUUUUCUUCUUUUUCUCUGGGUAACUGCAUAUCGCAGGUAGGACACAGGAAAGAACUUGCGGCUGUUUGCAUUGCCUUAGAAAGGAACUGUAAACUCUGCUGUGCUGAGCAAGCCUCUAAGUUACCACUACAGCUUUGUCGGGUCCUCUGUGCACUUAGGUUUUCAAAAGAUGACAUCUUUCUCAUAUUCUUAAAUUCUCUGCAAGAGGGCAAAGUGGAAAAAAGUGAUGUGGGGACUUGGAAUGACAGGAGUCCAAAAUAUGUGACUGACUAGAUAGAAGUGUGUUGCAGAAGUUUGCAGGUACCUCAGCACAGAGGGUAGAAGUUGCUCUGUUAGCGUGCUGCAGUGGAAGGGUGCAAUGCAAACGAUCUCUUCUACGGGUGAAAGCAAGUUCUAGUGAAAUAGCAAGUUGCUUAUCACAAGCAAAGACAAAUACAGGAAAAAAUAAAGAAAAAUACUAUAUUUAUAAGUAUAGAUCAUUUUCUAAACCAAGUUACAGUAUAUUUAUUAGUCUACCCUGUCCUUUUUUGUAGAGUAACUGUUCUGUUUUUAUACAGGUGGUAGUUAAAGGUCUAUUUGUGUUUAUUGUGCUUUAAGCUACUUUAAAAUCAUUUGGGGGCGUGCAGAUUGGGGGGGGAAAUGAUCUCUUUACAAGUCAAGCUUGAUUGGUUGGGUUGGCAGGAUUGCAGACUUUCAUGUAUUUAAAUGUUUUCAGCUUUGAUUGAUUCAAAAUUGCAAACUUUGUGAAUAGCAAGCUCAUAAAAUGUUUCAGUGCUUCCCAGAAAUGGAGAAUUUACCAGAUUCACUGCUGAAAAAAUAAGUUUUUUCUGCCCAGCUCCUAAAACAAUGUUUACUUGAUGAUUUGGCAUGUUAACAGGGCAGAUGGUACAUCCGUAGCAGCAGACCCAUUGGGUGAGUAACCGAAUAGCUGCGAUUACCAUGCCAGAAAUCUGAUUUGCGGGCUGUAAAGAUUAUAUAAGUGAUAGACUAUACCUAAAGGCUAUAUAUACUGUAUACUAUACAACCAGGUAUAACGCAGGUCCUUUUAUAGGCUAUAAAAAGCCCUAACACCUCAAGAGGUGGAAAAGCUGUUGUGGUAGUCAACAGGUGAUUUCCCAGGCAGAAAAUGUAAGUAGACUGAUAACAAGCAGGCUGAUACUCAGAUAGGUUCCUCAGUUACCUGAGAUACAUAGACUGGAAGUUCAGGGUUUUCUUUGAAGUGAAGUUGUAUUGCUUUUCAAUACGUAGCAUAAAACGUAAACAUAUUUUUUUUUAAAAAAAAAAAGGAUUGUCUUGAAUUCCUGAAAAUUAUGAUCUGAGGAGCUCCUUGUCUCACUUUCAAAGAUAUCUCAUUUUGCACCAUCAGAUUUUUGUCCGUUGAACAGGAGUGAAAGAAGUUGCUAAGAACAGUAAAUUACUGACAGUCAACCAAAGCGUCUUUCCCAGAGCAGCUGAAGUAUAGCUUGUCUAAAAGCUGUUACAAAGCCAAAAGUGACUUCAGUAGCAGACAGAUGAUUCAUACAAAGGUGUGUAAAAUCCCAAACCUGGCACUGUCUCAAAGCACCUUGAUGAAGCUUGGUUGCUUCUAUUUAUCUCUCCACCUGCUGAAACUAGCACUUUUAGAAUAAUAAUAAUUAAAAAAGAAAAAAAAUACAGCAGUGUUACCCAGAACAGUGUGGUCUAGAGGAAGGCAUCGCCUAACCUUGCCAGUGAGCUUCAGUGACUGUGAAUUGUUAGAGCUGGCAGUCUGUUACCAGGGAGCUCUGUUCCGUAAGGAUACAGUCUCUGAAACGCUCCAGUGCCAAUGCAGCAAGCGUAUGGCCAGCCCUCGCAGCCUAGUGUUGCUGGAGGGGUCAGUUUAGGAACGAAAGGGAAAUGACUGUAGUAAAAAUUCUAUUGCUUAAUUUGUAUUUAUAUACUUGCUAAUAUAAGAAACUGAUUAUUCUGUGUUUUUAAAAAAAAAAUAAAUCUGUGAGUGCACUUGAAACUGUUAUCCCAAAAGGAUUUUGCCAUCAAAACUUUGGAGGAAAGGAAGAAAAGUUUAAACAUGUUUCCUUUCCUGGUAGGUGGUAUAGUAGAUCUCAAUUAUUAAUUUAAGAAAAGGGGAACAUAAGUGAUUCUAAAUGGCUACUAACAGCUUUGUUGUUUAUCAGGUUAACUCUCUUUGCAAAAAACUAGAUAAUGAACUCUUACUAAAAAUUGCCUUCUGUCCCCUCUCCGUCAUCAUUUGACUCUUGCUCCAUUUUUUUCUUCAUAACUAUUCCUCUUAGGUUUCACGUGCCCACCAGCAGAUUUACAUUCUUUUAAGUCCACUUGGCAAUGUCCGUUUGUCUUCCUCUAGUGUCAUGGCUCUUGUGAACCCCCACUGAGCAACUGCAGCCCUGCAGGGAUGACUCAGGGCCAUUCCUUGCUGCUGUGGUAGGAACUGAAAGCAAUAGCAGUUUUAAGGUUCACAAGUUUUAUGUAAUAUCUGGGAAAUAAUGGUAACUGCAACAAAGGACGGACACUACAAGGCGAUUACUCACAGUCUUAGAGCCAUGCCUGUAUGGAAAGGAACUUUUCUAUCCCACAUGCUGGAAGAUCCUCUCCCAGGUGUAUCUGGUACCCACUUUCUGAUUGAAGAACUUUCCUUCACUUCUACUGCAGCUCUAAUGGAUCCCCUUAGGUAGUUUUUUCAGCUAGCUAGAUGCACAGUGAGCCCCUGCUAGCUGCUUGCAGCCUGCUGGAAAAGAGCUGCUGAGCUGGUGGGGCGGCGCGGCUGAGUCAUCUGUACAGUGGGUAGUGCUGUCCUGUGUACAGGCUGCUGUGAUGCCAGUGAGGCACGGCAUCAUGGCACAGCACUUUACUAGUUCCAGCUCUCCUGACUGCAUUGUGAACUCCUGUAUGUAUACCUCGCUGGAGCCAUGUAUCUUAUUGUUUUUACUGUUUUGUACUCCUGUUGCUUGAAGGGUUUCACUUUGAUGUGUUCAGUCUGAGAAAUUCUUCCAGCACAUGGGCCUGGGAGGUGAAUUUGCUUUCACUUAACGUCUCUGGUAGGAUAUAGCCUCAUCCCGUCCCACUAGAACUUGAAUCCAGACUCUGCUGUUGCAAAAUUUGAUUAUACAUAUUUGAAUUGGAAGCUAAGCAUUUGCUUUUGAGCACAAACACAGCUUGUUUGCAAGCCUGCUCGAUAGAUAUCCUGCAUCAGGGCUGCAGAGAGAAGGUCCUAUGAUACAUCCAGAGUGAUACUAAAAAUUAAAUAUCAGUGCAGGUAUUCUAACCCUGUGGGCUUUCAUCUUGAAUAUCAGCCCAGGUACUGGUUUCUCAAGGUCUCUUUUUUGUGUCCUUUUAGAAACACCUUAUUUCAGUUUUCCAGUAUCCCCCCAGUAAAGUGCUCUUGCUGCAGACUUUACUGUGCAGUGUGUGUGGUAAUUUCUGAACUGAACAGUGCUGUGCACUGACAAAGGUGACGGUAAUAGCCAUCCUUCAGAGGUGUGACUUGUGGGAUCUUACGCUGAGAAUAAUUUUGGUUUCCUUUUCUCUCUGCAUAAUUCUGCCUUCCUUGUCUCCAGCAGCUGUCUCAGGCUGUGAUAUUUACCAAGACAGUUCAAGUUACCUGACCUCUUGUUGUAUCCCAGUUAACUAGCGUAUGCAGUGUAAUGGCGUUACACCUCUUGCCUCAUCCUUAGAGCUCAUCGUACUCCAUUCUUCUUCCUGAUCUACAGGUAUUUUUGUCCUCCCAGUUUUAAGCAUGAAUGUAAAAAUGUGGUAUCAAAAGGUGUUAAUACACUAUACUAGAGUAGUGGUGGAGUGCUGACCUGUGGCUAUAGGCACUACAGUGAUCCCCUUGUUCCAGCUCCUUCUGUUUGCCUGCAGCCUUUCGCUUGGUCUGUCUUGGUGUAAGAAGUGUGUCCCUUAUCCAUUGCCAAAUACUCGCAUUGCCAAAGUGUGGUGCCAAAGUCCGGUGUUGCAGCUCUGUUUAUGAACUGCCACAUGUAGUGAAUUUGGACUCUGGGGAUAAUACUCAGAGGAGUGAGGAAAUUUAUGGUCAGCAGGGAAUGUCUUUUAAGCUGAUGGUGCUGCUCUUACUCUGGCAUUUGUGCAUCCUUUGCUGACCCUGCCCUCACCUUCCCCAGCCCCUCACCUUGCAGUAGCAGUGCCAGGACCUUUUUUAGGAAUGCAAGAAGGGAAAUGUGCUGUUGUCAAAUGGGAUUCUUUUUUUUUUUUUUUUUGAUGCAUACAUUGAAAGUACCUUUUCAGCUGUAGAGGUCACUCCAGCAGUGAAUUUACACUGCCUGUGUUUAUGUUAUGCCACUGUGGUGUCUCAGCCAGCCCUGCUGCUAGCUGGGCAAGGGGAGAGGUGAGCCAGUGCCAGGGCAGGGUCCUGGGCUGCUUUGCAUCCUCAGGAAUAAAACAAGUUACCUGCGGAGAUGGGCGGAGGGGUGGGAAUACCUAGGGCUGGCUGGAAAUUGCGGGACAGAAGUGGUACUAAAGGCAACAUGCUUUAGAUGAGAGAAAUGCCCUUAAAUGUUUACAGUGUUUACCAGUGAGCCCGGUUUGAGAGGUUACUUAAGCUUGUGUGUAAGUGCUGGGCUGAAUUGGGUCUGAAGCAUCACUAUGAAGUAAGGAGCUAUUGUUAGGGCAAAAUGAUGACAGCUAAAAUGGUGUAAAAUGAAAAAAAAAAACCUGCACAGAAGGACCUAGUCCAUGAGCAUACAGAUGUGAAUGAGCUUAUUUUUAUUAUUUUAUUUUAAAUAAUGUCCAGCCAUGAAGAAACUUAUUCCAUCGACUGAAAAAGGCCAGGAGAGUAUUAAUGACUAUUCUUCAAUGCACAGUUGUUAGAUGCUUAAGCAGGUGGUCUCCAGAAGUCCUUACAGGGUCUGUUGCUGACAUGUAGCAAUACCUGUUCAGAGCCAUGAGAGCAUUAGAAACAGCUGGGGACCAGGAGAUAGUGUGUGGCACAUCAUGUAUUUUAGGCUUCACAAUCACUUAAGCUUCUGCUUUCAUUUUAUGAAAUGUUUUUAUCUGUGAUCAGCUAGUGAUGUGUGGGUUUUUCUUUUUUCCUUGUUCUAAUGACUCAUUUCCAAAUAAAAGCAUUUGGCAGGGGAGUGACUCUGCUCAGCCAGGGGCCCUGCUCCACCCUGGCAUGUACCAAACUGCAGUUACAGCAGCGGGCUGCAGCUCCGGGCUGCCCUUGCAGAGCAGCACAUCCUCAUUUCUCAGCCCCUAACUGAUGCAGUUUCUCCACUUCGCCAUCUCCUCUUCCAGCCAGGGUGCUGUGGCACAGCAGGCUUAGAGCCCCAGCCAAGUCCUGAGCCUGGUGUCCAGCUCAGCACCUGCCUGCUAUGAGAAGUAGUGGUACUAAAGAAAACCAGUAGCAGGGACUUAAGUAACUCUUGUCUUUUCUAUAGCCUUUGCCUUCUGUGGCUUUUUACAGACAUUUGCAAGAGGAAAGAUAUUUGUUUCACUCACUUACUUACUUUACAACAAAAAAAAAAAAAAAAGAGGGUGUUUGGGUGCCUGAAACAUGCUUUUUUUUUUUUUUAAAAAGAGGAAACAUAAGGCAAGAACAGGCAAUUUGCUGACUGCUUGCACAGCUGAGACUGGCAGUUAAGUAUGAUGUAGCAAAAGACAUCUGAGAGCAGCUGCCAUUUCCUUGCUGUCUUGGUAACUUUUUAAAAACCAAUUGCCUUAACUGUUUUCUGAAGGCUACAUCUUAUUUAACAUUCUGAAUGUGUAAAGGAUUGUCAUACAUAUGUUUACAUUUUAGAGGAUUGGAUCAUGUAAGAAACUUUCUUAAAAGUUGUAUAAGAUGUGAUUUUUGAUACCUGCUCCAUACCAACUCUUUGGGACUAUUUCAAGGUAAGAGGUUUUAUUGCCUAGAACUAUUUCAAUCCAUGGAUAUAACUUAAUGUUUUCAGCCUAAACUUUAAAAAAAAAAAAUAAAAAAUCUGGAGCUGUUAUUUUAAAAUUUGUAUUCUUGGCAGUAGAACUGAAGAAAAGUAGCAAGUGUAAAAAUAACCUCAAGUGACUCCUAUUUUUAUACAGGUGUGAACACUGUAGCAGUUUCAGACCAUGCUCUGAUCUUACUUAUAAAGAAAAGGAGAGAAAAAAAAGUGUUGUAACUGAUGUGAAGCUGUAAAAAUGAAUAGUUUUUUACCUGAGUGCUAGGAGACCUGGCUUGAGGUACCUUUAAAGAAAAAGCCAAAUUUUCACAGCUUCUUUCCUCUCUUAAUAAUUCUUCUACUUUAAACAUAAAUUCCCUCCCUCCUGCAAAAAAUCCACACCCCCAUAUAGGAUAAGUUUUAUUGUUUGUUGUGGUUUUUUUUUUCCAGAGGAUGUUGUUCACUUGGGACUAUGCUCUUUGAUGCUGGGCAGAUCUGUUUCUAAUUUAUUAUUAUUAUUAUUUCUAUCUAACUAGUUAAAGGCAACAGAGGAAAUGAUUCUUUGCUAUGUGCUUUUGUUCCAUACAGUUACCUAGUUAAAACAUAACUUUAGAAAGUAGACCCUAAAGUUGUCCAUCCUCAUUGUGCAAUAGGGCUUAAUGGACAAACUGUAUUAGCAGCAGCCUGUUGUAUCUUACUCAACUUACUUAUGGAAGUUAAAUGGUGGUUCUUUGGUUUUGUUAAGGUAUCUUUCACCUUCCAGAUAAACACUAAGCAUCCUGUAUCAAUUACCUUUUAAGCAUUUCCUUCUGUUAUGCUACUGUAAGCAUGUUUUAUGUUUGUCUUCAACAGAUCUGUGCUAUGUGUGUGAUUGAAACUAUCUUGAACACAAAUAGUAUUUUUUAUUAUAGAUACCCCUUGAUUGAAGUGUGGCGCUUGCUUACCAAUGUUGAUGUCACUCUGUUGUACCAAAGUACCUGUGGCUUCAAAACAUACUGUCAACUGAUUCACUGGUGACUGGGUUUGUGUAAUACAGCUGAGGAAUGUAUCCUGUGACUCAGUUUCUGCACUGUUAUUUUCAGAAUAAAAGUACAUUUUUAAA